CGGCUCCUGCGCAGGCGGGCCCACUCGCGGGCUUCCGGGGCCGGCCGGGCCCGGCCGGUCAGCCCAGCCCAUUCCGCUUCCUCCGGACGCCGGAGGAAGAAAGUAGCCAAGCAUAAAGCGCAUAGCUUCUGCUGAACAAGAGCAGUAGCAGAGUACAAGGAAAGAGACAAUGUCUUCUGGAACAGUCCAACAGGAGAGUCAGAUACCUCCAAUAAAGCAACCUGGAUGGCCAAUGUUGUUUUGUCCCAUCUCCCAAAUUCAAGAUAGAGAGAUUGCAAGGAUCCAUAAAGAAUGCAAACAGGAAAGUUUCUGGUACAGAGGUCUUCCUUUAUCUCUUGGAAGCAUGCUUGUCACCCAGGGGCUAAUCUCAAAAGGCAUUUUCUCAGCAAGCGCAAGAUUUGGUCCAUACCCCAAGAUGGCAAUUGCUGGUGUCUUAGGCUUUGCCAUUGGAAAGAUGUCAUACAUGGGAGAAUGCCAAAAAAAGUUUCAGAAAAUUGGUAUUGCACCAUUUGGUCCACAACAAAAAAGGCAGUGUCAUCAUGCUUGCAAAGAAUGUAAAGCAAAAUUGGGAUCAAAUGAGAGCGAAGAUUCAAUUCCUUCAGCAUCUUAGUCCCAGAUGUGGUGAACAUGAUAAAAACCUUAUGGACCAGCUUCUUUCAAGGCACUUUUCUGUAGAUGAGAAAUAAUAAUUUAGUGAUUCUAUCUCUUGGAUUUGGUAUAAAUUGACUUAUUUGAAAUAGUUCUGUGUUGUUAUAUAGUUCGGUUUGCACUAAAUACCAGUUUUUUGUAAUGCGCCUUUUGAAAUACACUCCUCUCUUUUCAGCACGUGUUGGUUUAUUUUCCUCUCUUCUGUGCAAUUCAGUUCUUAGUGCUGAAAAAUUGCAUUUGUCUAUUGUAUUUAGAUGCUGGCAAUACUUUGUGUAGCAGGCAGAGUGGUUUAUGAUGGAAUGUUUGUCUAUGUCAAAUGGAAAGAGUGUGAAGAUGUUUAAGUGGUUUGCACAGUGAAGCAGCUGUUCAGUCUCUGAGCUGACCCCUUGGUUAUGGAGUACUUUUAAGAGUACCAAAUCCAGGGAAUUGUCACGCUCCAGUUACUAUGCUGAAUGAACUUCCCAUAAGCCAGUUUUACACAAAGGUCCACUUUGCCAGGGAUACCAAAAGUGGGUGCCACAUUCAUGAACAAGAACACACAAUAUUUUGGAACAGUUUGUGGUCUGCACAAAAUCUGAGGCCACCAGAUGUUGAAAAAAACAACCAAACCUAGAUGGCACAUGCUCUCUACAAACAGCAGGACACGCAGUCUUCCAUGAAACAUCUCAGGAAAUCAAAAGCAGACACUUCCCCUAAACACAGUGAUGGCUUUCACAUGGGAAGAAAUGCACAGCUACUGGGAAGUUUGGGCUUCAGUGUCAGCUAAUGAAGGCUAUCUUCUGUGGGGUUCUUCUGUUUGCUUUUAUCCUGUGCCUAUGGUUAGUGCCCCUCUUUUGAACAAGCUUCUGUGGGCAUCUUUACUUGGACACAAAAAGAUUCUGCAAGCAAAAUAUAUAGUAUGGAAAAGUGUAAUGUAAUUAUUAAUUAGUUAGUAAACACAAAAGACAUUCUGGAUUUGACAAAGUGAUUAACAUUGAGUACUGAACUUCCUUGACUCAACAGCACUUGGACAGCCUUUCCUAUCCAAGCAGCCACCAGGCAGAAGGGGAAUGGUUGGACUGACUAGACUCCCUGUCCUUUUCUUUCCUACAAGAUUUUAUACUUUUCUACUUGGUGUUUAGCCUCUUGAAUUCUUGAGCUGCUAAGAACCCCUGUCUAAACAGGGGCUUCAAUUUUACACUUGCUACUUUUCUGCAGUAUUUUUCCACAGCUCUUUCAGUUGGAGUCAGUGAUACACAGCGGUGCUGUGUCACAGCUGAUGCUGGGUACAGGCGGGAGACCCUGGGAAAGCCUUCCACAGGGGCUCCACGGCGAGGGGCUUACACAACCACAGAGAAGGCGACCUCCUUUGUGAAAAUAAUGUAAUUGUCAUGGGUGUACUGUGAUAGCCACCAAAACUUGAAUGGUGACAUGUCUGAGCUACUUCCCCUUCAUCUGUCAUCUGCUGUCAAGAUAACAGCAAGAAGCUGCACCAAGGUUAGUCAUGCCUGGAAGGGAGGGAAGCCAUCACAUCCAGGUGGUGCCAAGGAGAGUGAUGCACGUGACAGAGGACCUUUCAUGUCAGACUCUCAGAGGCUGUUCUUGUGGUCAGUGUUACCUCUUGAUCAGUGUUACCUCUUGAUUACAACUUAGCUACUGAACUUUGCUUUAAAUGUAAUUUUGGUUAUUUUUUGCUUUCAGUUAUUUUUCUGUAAUAAAUAUUCUGAUGUAUAAAA